AUGGGACAGGCAGUGACGACACCCCUGUCCCUGACGUUGGACCAUUAGACAGAAGUUAGACAUAGGGCACAUGACUUGUCAGUUCAAGUGAAGAAAGGACCUUGGCGGAUGUUUUGCUCCUCAGAGUGGCCAACGUUUGGAGUCGGCUGGCUGCAUGAGGGUACUUUUGAUGCAACCAUAAUCUCUUCUAUUAAAAGUCUUGUUUUUCAGCCUGGACCAGGGUCUCAUCCCGAUCAGCAGACAUACAUCGUCGUGUGGCAUGACCUGGUCCGAAACCCUCCACCAUGGGUCAAACCAUGGGGGACCCAGAGGCCAGACUCCCGAGUUCUGGCUCUCAAAGAAUCAGACUGCAAACUCAAACCUGAGAGGCUGCCCCCUGCACCUUCCUCUCCUCCUAAAAUUUAUCCCGAGAUGGUAGAGCCUCCUGAGUGGCCUGAGCCACCACCACCUCCCCCCCCUUAUGGUUUACCCUUUACCCCAGAUUCUGAAGUCGGAGGAGUGGCUGGAAAUGGGCCAGCUGCAGGAACUAGGAGCCGCUGUGCCCAGAGCCCUACACAGGGACCAGGGGUGCCUGACUCCACUGUGGCUUUACCCCUCAGUGCAUACGGUCCCCCGGUGGACCCUCCCCAGCUCCAGCCUCUCCAAUACUGGCCUUUCUCCUCUGCAGAUCUUUACAACUGGAAAAAUAACCAUCCUUCUUUUUCUGAAAAUCCGGCAGGGUUAACUGGCCUGAUGGAGUCAUUAAUGUUUUCCCACCAGCCCACCUGGGAUGAUUGCCAACAGCUUUUACAGGUCCUUUUCACCACUGAGGAAAGGGAAAGGAUCCUUCUAGAAGCCCGCAAAAAUGUGCCUGGAGUGAACCGGGCCCCGACUAACCUCCCUAAUGAGAUUGAUGCUGGAUUCCCCUUGGACCGCCCCAACUGGGAUUACAACACCGAGCAAGGUAGGGGGAGGCUGGCCGGCUAUCGCUGGACUCUUGUGGCAGGUCUCAAAGGGACCGCUAGACGACCCACCAAUUUGGCCAAGGUAAGAGAAGUUUUGCAGGGACCAACAGAACCCCUUUCUGUGUUUUUAGAACGAUUGAUGGAGGCCUAUAGACUCUACACCCCUUUUGACCCGACCUCUGAGGAUCAGCAGCAGGCGGUGGCUAUGGCCUUCAUGGGGCAAUCAGCAACAGAUAGCAGAAGGAAAUUACAGCGCUUAGAUGGUCUGCAGAAUAUGUCCUUACAGGACAUAGUUAGAGAGGCUGAGAAGGUAUUUCAUAAGAGAGACAGAAAAAGAAAGGAGAGAGAGAGAAAAGCAAGAAAAACUGAAGAAAGGGAGAAUAGGCGGGAGCGCAGGCAAGACAAGAAUUUAGCAAGAAUCCUGGCCACAGUAGCAGGGGACAGGAAAGAGGUGAGGGUGAGACCUAGGCAGACAGGGUACCUGGGCAACCAGAAGAUGAGAACGAGCAAUGGGGGACAAAGGUACCCUCUAGAAAAAGAUCAAUGUGCCUGCUGUAAGAAGAAAGGCCACUGGGCGAGGGAAUGCCCUGAGAGGAAAGGGAGAAUUCCGAAGGUGCUGGCAUUGGAAGAAGAUGACUAGAGGGGAUUGGGCUCGGACCCCCUCCCCGAGCCUAGUGUAACCCUAAAAGUGGAGGGGACCCCCCUGGAUUUCCUGAUAGACACCGGAGCUGAGUAUUCUGUACUCCAACAACCAUUAGGAAAACUAAACAGCAAAAAGACCGUGGUGAUUGGGGCAACAGGACAGAAAAUGUACCCAUGGACUACAACUCGUACCGUAGACCUAGGUCAGGGAGAGGUGACUCAUUCAUUUCAGGUCAUUCCUGAAUGUCCUGCACCCCUUCUAGGAAGGGAUUUGUUAGCAAAAUUGAAGGCUCAAAUUAGAUUCACUCAGGAAGGACCAAAAGACACCCCUGACACCCAAGAUGGAUGGACCAUGGAAAAGACUGAUAAUCCUCUCAAGCUGCUUCUAAGCCGUAGGCGCAAUUCUGAGUGA